AAAUGUCGUCCCAUCGCAACGUCUGCGUUGGUUCUCGGGUGUCGGAUCGUCAAAAGGAGCUUCUGCUGGCUUUUGUGAAAGAGCACCCACAGAUCGCGACGCUGUCGUGCCCGCUGGAGCCGUCGUUCACGAGGGAGGACCGGGACGACAUGUGGCAGGAGCUGGUAGCGCUUUUGAACGAAGUCCCUGCGCGUAACACCACAGCCUUGCCAAACUCCGAGAGCAGCAGAGCGGCACCGGAGGCGGCCAGAUUACGGGUUACCGCGGCCGCGUCGUGCUUGACAGGGACCGCGCGGGUCGACAGUACGCGAGGCCCAAAGUUCGGGUGAUCUGAAUCGGUAAGCACUGGCUUAGAAUAUCAUUGUUACUUGUAUGCUGCGAAUUAGUGUGCUCAUUUGCUUCGAGCCAUUACGCGCUGUCAGUUUUACUUUUUCAAACAAUAUCGAGUGAAUCACCCGGCCGCCGCGUUGGCUGAGGUGCUAACACGUUG